UCCAAGCUCUCCUGUAAUUAAUUUGUUAGGAAGAAGAAAAUGCACGGCUACACCACUUUCGACUCUGAUUUCGCUCUUCUUGAAUCCGUUCGCCGUUAUCUUCUCGAGGAUUCCGACCUUCCUUACCCAUUCUCUGCCAAUGCUCCGGCGUAUUCCACCACUACUCCCACCUUCACUGAAAACUGGGAGAAUCCGCCGGUAUUGGACGCUGCUGCCGCCAGUGGAGUCGUAGGGGAGGCGAAGGCAGAGCCCCAGGAGGCCGCGGCGCCGGAGGAGUGGAGGAGGUACAGAGGAGUGCGGCGUAGGCCGUGGGGGAAGUACGCGGCGGAGAUAAGGGAUCCGGCGAAGAACGGCGCCAGAGUGUGGCUGGGGACGUACGAGACUGCGGAGGACGCCGCGCUGGCUUACGACCGAGCCGCCUUCAGGAUACGCGGCUCUCGCGCGCUCCUCAAUUUUCCUCUGCGGGUUGGGUCUGGUGAGCCAGAGCCUGUGAGAAUCACCCCCAGGCGCCGCUCUCUGCAGCCGUCAUUGUCGGCGGCGGCGGCGGCAGCAGCAGCCCUCAAGCGUAGAAAGUGCGACGUGGAUUGGACGGCUGAAGUGGAUGCGUCCACAGAAAAUGUAGUAGAUGUGUUCCAACUGCAUCAACUAUGGGUGAACUCAUAGUAUGAAGAAGAUGAUCAAGCAACUAACCGACUCAUACUUUCAAAUAUUUAUUUAUUUUAACUCGUGAUGGGUAAAAUUUAAAAUAA